CACCACAUUAUUUUCUGAUUCAUAUACAUCCUUCCCGGCGCUUCGACUCUAAGCAGGUCGAAGACAAGUUAUCCCACCGCUGAUCCGCCACUGCUUGAUGAGUCAAUCGUUUACCAGAGCAUGCAAUUGCUCUCCUCACGCAGCCCGCAACUCACCAAAGUUUGAGCAAACCCGUUGGCAGAACCCAUCCCGCAAAUGGGGUCCACCGAGUUGAGAGGCAGAUCAGGGCUAGCCAGAAAGAACACUUUCCAGCGGAUGCUCGAUCUGGAACAGAAGAAUAAGGUGAACCGAAUGCAAGCCUCACAACAUGUCCCACAGCUAGUCCAUACAAGUACGGCCCUGGGUCGAGAGUCCAUUUCUUCGAUUUCGAAUCGAGAGUUUCGUCCACCGACGUUGCAAGUAACCGGGAGAGCGAUGACCACACCAGCACUGUCGAUUGCAUUACCUACCCCAAUGUCGAAUACUAAUGGCAAUGGCACAACGAGAAAAUACGUCAUUAGUCAGAGCGGUGACUUGAUUCCUCAGGAGCUGGACGACUCAGAAGAUGAUUCAGACACGUCGUCCAUCUGCCACUCCCCCGGGUGGGAUGAUCUUUCCGGAAAGAAGAAAAAGCAAGAGAAGAAGGCAAAGGAGCAACGAAGAAGAGAGAGGGAAAAGGCUGAGAAAGAAGCUAAAGCUGCACAAAAGGCAAUGGCAAAGUUGACGAAGGCCGCUCCAGCCAACAGUUCGAAGAAGCUCUCUCGAAUGUCAAUUACGAUCGAUCGUUCAAAUACGGCUCCGAUACUACCUACAGUCCAAGAUGUACAACCGCCAGUGGAAGAACCGAGUCCGUCGAGACAGAGUACAACCACCAGACCGCGGAGAGGGAGCAUCGAGGCAGGGUUGAAGAGUUUCAUUUCCACAAGGAGUGGUAUCUCAGUACCAUGGAAGACAUCACAGAAUAUGUCUGGUCAGAGUCCCAACCACGAGUUCAUACCCAGCAGGUCCAUAUCGAAAGCAACUACUGGAGGGUUUAUCGGCGGACUUAAGCUUCGACAAAGUGAAGAAGCUGCGACUCAGGACAUCAUUCGAAGGCUCAAGACAGGGGCAGGAGACGAGAACAAGGGCUUACUGAGUACUGAUACCUUGCUGAAGAGUUCAACAAACUUGAGCAGUGCGGCAUCGAUCACCGAGUCCAUUCGACCCAUUUCUAUUUACGAAGAAUCUAUUCGGACACCGCAGCAAUGGGAUGAGAUAUACUCUCAAGCUGCCCAUCUAGCACGAGGGCCUCGCCCUGUGGAGCUUGCCGACGAUACACCGAUAAUGGAGCGGAAUAUCAAGAAGAAUAGGAAAAAGCAUCCGCCAACAUCGAGGUAUUUCCCACUCGAGAGCGAAGAUUCGAACUCCUCGAAACGAGAAUCCUCAACCGCCAGCACACGCACUUCCGCGCAUUCGGGAGCUCCUAGCAGCGAUGAUAGGAAUGGACAAGGACAAACUUCGUCAGCCGAGAGACCAGCAACUGGAGGCCAUAACAGUUCUUUGGGAGAGACUCGAGGCAGGAGUGACAGUUAUGUUGGUCAUCAACGCAAGCAGAGUCGUGAGCAGUCCUUAGCAGGGUUCCAGGAUGAAGUACAGCUAUCGGACACCAAUGGAGACUCGAAAAGACCCGGCUCGAGUAAAAGUUCAUUCUUCAGAAGAUCGAGUCUUCCUCGUGAGUCAAAUCGAGAGGCACCCUCAACAAUCCGACCAGGAACGCGGGACAGCAGUGUCGAUACCCAUGUGAAAGAGGCCGUAAUCACCAACCCAUUCCUCAAUGAGGAGUACGUCGUUCCACAACUUCACCUGGGAGAGUUCACUGCAUCUCCUCUGGACGAGAAGCCAGUCAACCACAAGAAAACAUCUUCGAAGUCCAGCCAAAGCUUCCCAGGUCCGAAAGGUCUCAAGGUCACUACAAAACCAACAUUUUUCAAGCUACCAACAGAAAAUUUGGAGGAAAAGUCACAAGUUGUACCUCCCUCACCAACUGGCAGCUUCGUAAGUGCUGUCGAGACACAAGCGACAUUACGACCAAAAGCUUCACAACGCGCUCUCACGACUGGUACUAUCGUCAAGAGUUCUACAAAACCAAAACACAUUGUUGAGGAAUACAGACCACCGACAAUCGUUCAUGACUUCGCAGUCCGUUCAAAAUCUCCUCCUAGUGCUUCGCCAGAUACCAUCCGAGCUCGUCCAAGUAGCAGGAAAGGCUCUCAAAAUGCAACACCUAUUACUUCAAAUAGCAACAGCAGCACAACUUCACACACGAGAUCGAUCACCGAUUCUAGUGAAGAAUACUCGACGCUCGACGAUUUCUCAAAUAUCACAACGCCAUCUAUAUCAAGACCUCAUUCUGAGAAAGACUACUCCAGAUCAAUGGACGAACUCAAUCGCAAAACAAACACCAAGCUCAUGAAAAGGCUAAGUAGGGAACAAGGUGUGAUCCACAAUGGACUCAACGGACAUCCGGUCAUGACUGGCGCUAUUCCUUUUGAUGAUGGCGCCAGUCAAAGAGAUAGUUGGUGUCGGACCGCCAUGCCAAUGGACUCCAGCGAGGGCGAGGAUCGAAUGAAGACACCAACAGGCAAGAAACGCUCAACCGACUUCGUGGUCUCAAAACCAGAGUCAACUCUUCCCAAAGUUUCUGAUGGACCGCCUCCUAAAACCUCAGAUGGACUCAGCAACUCCAACUGCUCUGGCAUCCAACGCAGGCCAAGUCUCGCCCGCUCAAUCUCGACUCCUGACCUCCAACAAGACCUCUCCUUUCUCCCACCACUAAAGCACCAAGCUCUCACCAAGCCCCAAAAGAAAAGCAGAGGCUUCCUAGGAAGAAGAACUAAGGAAAGCAAACAAGCUUCCGUAUCAAGCGACACCGAAAAGUCCCCCACAUCCCUUGUUCGCCCACCACCACCCAUCACCCUCUCCAAGGACUCAAACACCACCGUCACCAAAUCCGAAGGAUCCUCCCCCACAUCCCCCCAACCACCCUCUCAAUACCUCCAAAACGCACGUCUCAACAUCGGCGGCCCGCGUUCUCCGAAAUUCCCCCACUCGGGAAAUCCCCAUCUGAGCAGUAACAACAACAACGCCGAGCCAGUGGCGAAGAUGUUCGUGGUGUGUUGUUCGUGCAAAUAUUUCCACGAUAUGCCGAGCAAGAUCUACGAGUGUAUGGCGAAGCCGGAUAAUGUGGUCACGGACACGAAAUUGGGUGUUAGUGGGGUUAUUAGUACGAGCGUGAAGUGUCCUUGGUGUGGGCAUGGGAUGAGUACUAGUUGUUGUGCGGGAUAUGCUGCGGUUGUUUACUUGAGGGAGAAAUUUCAUUGAAUAGAAUGGAAGGGGUGCCUUCUCUUUUGUCGUGGGACUGGAUAGGUGCUGCGUUUUAUUGGGCUAGAGGCUCGAUGGGGUUUUAUCUUGCUGCUGGGCUCCGCUCUUUCUGGGAUGAUUUAGAUGCAUUC